AUGAGCAGUUUGGAGAAAGUGCCCGUUGUUGAAAUUGACAGAGAUGGCGUCUUCAAGUACAUCCUCGUUGAAGCUUCCUCUGGGGGACAAAAAAAACUAUUAGUUAGAGGCGAUCAGGAAUCUCCUUAUCAUGCUGAUGUACUCGAGAAGUUAGAAGAUAAAUUAAAAAAAGAAAAUUUAAGGAUGGAGCUAAGGUGUACAGGUGGAGGAAGAAUUGACCACGACAGUAAGAACAAGCACAUUAAAGUUUAUGGAUAUUCUGUUGGUUUUGGAAAAGCAGAUCACAAGGUGACAUGCAAUUUAUUAAAAGAGCAAUAUAAAGAUUAUAAAAUAGAUUUCUCAAAUGAUGGCUACUGAAUGGAACGAAUAAAUAAUUAAAAAUAUAAUAAAUUCCAAUUUGUAUUUGAAAAAAUAAUUUUGAAAUGAAUGUUGAAUAAAUAGAAAUACAAAAUCUACAAAUAUCUUAAUUGGAAUUUUAUGAAAACUCAUACAAAAAUUGUAUGUAUGUAUGAUCUGCUCAUGUUUAAAUGAAAAAAAAAGCGAACUGUCUUUCUCAGAAUCAAAAUAUAUAUGUAUGUACAAACAGAUUAAAUUUCGAAUAUUUUGAAUAAAAUUAAAUUAAAAUUUCUUUAUUGUCCAGUAUUUGAAUGUGCAUGCAUACACACACACAAACACACACUCAUAUAUAUUUGUGUGUGUGUGUAACUUGUGUAAAUAAUCAUGAUUAAAAAAUGUCUAUAUGUAUAUAUGUGUCACAUAUGAACACGGAAUAACAGAUUUAGUAAAAUAAUUAUGUCCUUAUAAAAAUAUUAUAGAAAUAAGGUGAGAUUUUUGUAAUUACGGUCUAUCUCCGUCUGAAACCUUUCUGAUUACUGGCAAGUAAUUAAGUCCAAUCAUGAUUGCUGCUACAAUAAGUUUCUAAAAUUAUACCCCACAGUAAAUAUAUUCAAUUCAAAUUGUGGAGAAACUAAUUCAUGUAUGUGUAUAAGCAAGUUGGCAUUUCAAUCAGUGUUGUUAAUGUAAAAAUUAUGUUUAUGUAUAAAUAUACAAUAAAUAUAUAAUGUUGAUGUACUUCAAAAAUUAUUAAUUAACUACUGCCAACAACAAAAAUAACUAAAUAUUAAACAAACAUAAAGCAAAAUAUUUAAACGAACAAUGUAAGAAUAUGAAACGCACAAAGAAUACAUAAUGUAAACAUCCAUGCAUAGAGA